GAAGAGUUGGUGAGGAAGUGGUAUAACAUUCCGGUCGCAGAUUUGUCAACCCAGACUGGUCAGAAACUAGAUACGGUUUUGUACCAAAGCAGCGAUGAUGAUGACACUGUUGGCCGGCUGUUUCUCAGUGUGACAGACGAGAAUGUGAAAAAGAACUCAGAGACGCAAGUCGAGCAACUGGCACGUGCCUUAUCGGAUUUGCUGUCAAUGACGCCACAUCUCUACACCUACAUUGCCAGAGUAACUCGCUGGAAAGAUUUUGUGACGCAAGCUGGAGUUUCGAUCAAAGGCAUGCGACAUGUGCAUUACCUACGGUUUUGCGAGCGGAAAGAUAUGGGUUCUGAUAUUUUGGACAAUGUUUCCGAGAUUGAGGAGUACAAGUCUGGUGACAGACAUCCCGAAGACAUUUUCUUGAUUACAAAAAGGUGGCUGGCUGAUACCCAAAUGUCUCGAGUGAUCUGUGUGAUGCCAGCUGGUGUGGCGAAACAGCUUCGAACGGGGCAUUACUUGCCAAACGGCCAAGCUGACAGGCGGAAGAUUUCAGACCCGGUGAAGAAAAACAUUCUCCGGUAUGUCCCAAAAAAUCAUCGAGCUGGCACUCUUAAUUCGGAUGCUACUACUUAUUUGUUGAAAUGGGUCCAAGGAAUUUUGCCCAAGCAUCCCAGGCCUGCAUCGUAUCCCAUUUUGGGCUACCGUUACAUCCCUGAAAUGCGUGCUGAAUCUUUGAUGGCUGGCACCUGGACUGUGCCAACUCGCCGGAAAAUUUUUGACUUGUCCAUGGGUCAUGAGGAUGACAUGGAUCAGGAGUCAUCUUCUGAUGAUGGCGACAUUGUUCUGCCACAAGCUUUGGUCAAUUGUUGA